ACGUUGACGUUUUUUGUUGACUGGAGACGUAGAGCGAAAACGAGAUUCAACAUCAGUCAGCCUUUUCGAUGCGAAAAGCCGAUUGUUAAGUGCGAAAUUAGUUUCAACGAAAUUUUCCAUUUUUUUUUUCGUUUCAUUUGGUUGAGCAUUUGACAGAGUGCUACAGAACGCUAGUAAACGUUCGAUAUUUUCGUGCAAAUUCAAGUGUAUUGGUCCAAUUUCCAUUAGAAUUGCGUUCAAAGAGAAGCAAACAAUUGAGUGUGUUUGAACAAGCAAAUAUGCCGAAAACCAAAAAAUCUCAUCGCCGGUCGGACGAGAGGAGAGCUGUAGAUAGUGAGGAGCAGCUCAGUAAUCAUUCUGUUGUGUCGGAUGAAAGUGAGCAAAUUGUCGAGCAGAAGAAGCGUCACCGCAAGAAGUCAUCCAAAAAGGGUAAAAAACAUCGAUCAAAGAGGAAGCAUUCGCCAUCAGAGUCGGCAAGCGAUAGUAGUGACAGUAGCGACAGCAGCAGUGAUAGUUCAAGUGAAGAGGAGGUGGUGAAACGCAAAAAGCAAAAGAAGCACAAGAAAAGCAAGCGUCGCAGUCGGCAUGAGGCCACCGAUGAACGUAAACCAAAUCGUGACGAAACCGAAGUGGAAAUACUUCAUGAACCACCGAAAGUUCAUUACAUCAGCAGCGACGAAGACAGACAUCAUCAUCAUGGGAAAACAUUGAAACGUGCCGAUGACCAAAAACGACCGCGCGAAGACGCUUCAAAUGAUCGAGGAAUGAACUACAAAUCAAAAUGGGAUAGUCCAACGGACAAUUUUGAACGAAAAAGAAAGCGGGAAUCACCAGCAGAGCGACGUGUUGAUGACAGAUUCCAUGGUGAACAGCGCGGAUCAGAGGGCAUAAGAUCGAACAGCUACAGGAAUGAAAGGGUCGAGCGGAAUGACCGGAAUGACCGGAAUGAACGAAUCGACAGAGGUCGCCAAUCGCCGCGUGGGCAACAACGCCAGGAACGUGAACGGAUCGACAGAAGACCCGCAGCCAAUCAACCAGAAUGGAGAGGCAGAGAGCGAGCUCCAGAAGUUGCAGAUCGUUAUCGUAAGGAUGAUCGUGAACCAAAUCGAGACCGAAAAUUCCGCACUGAUGAAGGUCGUUUCGGCCGACAAGAGAAUGAACGAAACGAACGUAAACGAAGCGUUUCGCCAAAGGUCAAUGCAAACAGAGGUCGAUUCGAUGAUAGACGCGAACGAGAUGCGGCACCACGGUUCAACUACAAUGACAAUCGACGCGAUGGCAGAGACUUUGCUCGAGGUGAACGACGACCGGAUAUCAAACGUGAAUUCAACGAUCGCCAAGAAAGACCAAGAGACCGAAAUGAGCAUGAACGAAACAGAGGUGGUGACAGAGGAGACACCAGAGACAAUAGACGCUCACCACCACACCGAAGCUCUGACCGUGGUGAACGACCGCGUUCGCCAAUACGCUCGAAUCCGUUUCGGCGCAACAAAAAUCAAGAUGAUCAGUCGGAUUUUCGGCACGAUGGCCAAAAACCCGAUAGGAAUGACAGGAAUGAGCGCAAUGCCAAAAAUGGUUCGGCCAAUCGCCGAAAAUUCAACAACAGAGAGUCUGAUAAUGAGAAUUUUGAAUGGGGCAAAGCGACUGAUGAAGAUAAAAAGGAUGCAAUAGAAAAUGCCGUCGAAAAGGAAAAACCAAACUUUGGCCUGAGCGGUAAACUUACCGAAGACACAAACAAAGUGAAUGGCGUUGUCCUGAAGUAUGCUGAACCGCCCGAAGCACGUCGACCAAAACGUCGAUGGCGUUUGUAUCCAUUCAAAAAUGAUCAAACCUUAUCAUUGAUAUACAUUCAUCGCCAAAGUUGCUUCUUGAUUGGUCGCGAUAAGAAGAUUUGCGAGAUUGCCGUCGAUCAUCCAUCAUGCUCAAAACAACAUGCUGCGCUACAGUAUCGUUUGGUGAAUUAUGAACGCGAAGACGGUUCAACUGGGAAACGGGUCCGACCGUACAUUAUCGACUUGGAAUCGGCCAACGGCACGUUCGUCAACAACAACAAAAUUGAGCCGCGCAAGUAUUUUGAACUUUUCGAGAAGGACGUCUUGAAAUUUGGUUUUAGCUCACGUGAAUACGUUUUAUUGCAUGAAGACAGCAAUGUCGACGAAGAUGAGCCAAUUUAUGAUGAUGAUGAGCCCAUCAAAUCCGAAAAAUAAAAUCGACGACCAAAAUCAAAUAUUUUUCAUUCAACAUAUUUCAAUUAGUGGAUUGCCAUUUUUGACAAGCAUCAACUCUUGUUUCCAUUCAUAAUUCAUUUUUGAAAACAAAAACACAAACCAAUUCUUUUCAACAUUAUUUUUUUGUUAUUUCUUAUCCAAGAGAAAGUCGUGGGAAUUAAAUUUCAGUUUUCUGAAAGAACAAUUUAACAGUUAAAUAAGGCUUUAUUGGUUAAUAUGCGUUUAAAUUGAGUUUCAAUGAAAAGCAAAUAAUUAAAUGAAUUUAAUUAGAUUUAGAAAAUAAAACAAUAGAAACUAAACAUUUCUACUCAUUAGAUUCAGAGGUGCGAUCGAAACCGCCACCAUACUAUGUUUCACGCAUUAUUCCUCGAAAAUAUCUUGCGAAUGUAUUUGAAAUCAUUUUUACAAUAAAACUCAAAACAUGAAUAAA